CUCGACAGCCGGUUUCCUCUCUCUUUGUUACUUUCUGUUGCUGUCAUUUGAUCAUUUCACAUUGUUGGUACAGUUAUCAUCUCUGAGUAACGCGUGUAUGGGUCAGUGGAAAUCUUUUUAAGUAAUGACAUCUUUAAACAAUCUUUUACUGCAAGGAUUUUGUGGAGGUAUUGAGCAUACAGGAUGUAGUUAACAACAUGCAUGGAUGGUUCCGGAAAAUCGUUAAAUCAAGAGUAACUUCAUCAGCACAACAUGAACAAGAGGCACAUGUGCCAAAAAAGUCAGUGUGUUCUGUCAGCCGUGAAUCCUCUUCAUCUAUAUCCCCAUGCUGUUCUCUGUCAUCAUCAUCACUGGGGACAGCCCCUUCAAAACCUCAGCAGCCACAUUCUGCUCCGAGUUCACGACGAUGGAGUCGAGAGUAUGACGUGUUUGUGUGUAACAGCUCUUUCCAAAGUGACAUUGAGGAGGCUUUCCGCCUGGUCUCUUUCCUGGAGGCUUCUCCCCGCAGUCUAAGGUGCUUUCUUAUGCAGAGAGACGCCUGUCCAGGAGGUGCAAUUGCCACAGAGUUUUGCCAGGCGAUGCAGAACAGCCACUUAAGGGCUCUUCUUAUCACUCCAGACUUCUUGCAGGAUGGAUGGUGCAAGUAUAUCAUGCAUCAGGCUCUAGCUGAGGGGCCUAUGUCUAAUCGGAUCAUCCCCCUGCUUCAGAACCUGUCCCGCUCUCAGUGUCCUCCGGAAGUGAGGUUCUACUACCAAAUUGACCUGAGCAGUAACCCUGAACGAGGUUAUACCCUCGUCAACAAGACUGUGCUCAAUUACCUGGAAAACCUGGAUAAAAAUCAGAAGACACUGGAUUACAGCAUGGACAGCUCUAGCAAUGGUGCAAUAAGCCUCCCCAAAGAAAGAGAAGCUGAUACUCAAGUAUACGACCCUGCUGGGAUGCCAACUGAGAGUGAUAUAGAAGAAAGAUGAUUGCUAAAACGUUAUAAAUAAUGGUGACCUAACUAAGGUGCAUUGCUCUCAAAGGACAACACUACUGUCAACCUCAGUGACCCUAAUAGCACAUCAUUUUGGGACUUAAAAGAAAGUUGGCCUAAUUCUUUUGCUCGUAUUUUUUGUGCAUAACCAACACUGGGUGUGUGUGUGUGUGGUACGGAUGUGCAUACAAUGAACAGGAAACUGUCGGUUCCAAGCAGCCCUGGGGCGUAUUUCCUGUAUCAGAUCUAGAGAAGUUCUCCCUGGCCUAACAUGUGUAGUGGCAAUUUCUUAUAUUACUUUAUAUGGUAAAACCAAAUUAUGAUAUUAUACUGAGAAAUUGUUAGGUCAGCUCAACCUGUUGUUCACACGGUAGCUUCCUGCCAAGGUCGUACUCGAACAAUAAGGCUCUUGUUCCUUAUGAGAGCAUAGUAAGACAACAGUUAGGAGAAGGUGUUAUCUCUUUCCUUUUGCACAGCAACAGUCCUCUAUAAAUCACACACACACACAUUUGCCUCUGUGUCCACUCCUGCAAACCACUUUGUAUUUUGCAAGACCUGUACCUACAAGCUUGUAUGAAGAACUACUAAGACAACUCUGUUUGCUUUCACCAGUUUAUUAUUGAUUACUCUCAUUGUACAUCUUUACAGUAUUGACGAGGUUAAAAUAUCCCACAACUGUUCAUACAAUGAACAGGAAACUGUCGGUUCCAAGCAGCACUGGUGCGUAUUUCCUGUAUCAGAUCUAGAGAAGUUCUCCCUGGCCUAACAUGUGUGCAAUAAAUGUGGUUGAUGAGA